GCGACGAACUAUUUGAUCAGAGCUUCUGUUUUCCGUACGCUCCGUGCUCCUCACCGGAGUUUGGAAGAAAUAUUUAAACAAUUUCGAUUUUAAAUAGUUUAUUUAAAUUGUAUUAAUUCUACUUUUCCGUCCCAGGGAGUGAAAUUGUGGCGUGAGUGUAGAGGAGAAUGCCCCUACCUCCAAACUUAGCUGUAAUGUUGCAGAAUGCUGCCGAGCCUAUGGUGGUGGAUAUUCCGCCAGAAGAUAAUGAUAACACCGAGGAAGAUCCCUACCUAGUCGAAAAUCCAACUCUGGAUUUGGAAACCUACGCCAACAGCUACACAGGACUGGCCAAGCUGUACAGACUCAUAUAUAUUUCAGAUCACUGUCCUUCAUUGAGGAUAGAUGCUUUGAAAAUGGCUAUUUCUGCAGUCAUGGAUACAUUCAAUGUCAUGUUGUAUCAACAGCUGCAUAGAAAACUGCAGGAUGUAAUGAGUACGGUGUCGCUACCGGAUAUCGCUGGAGGUGGAAUUCAGGACCUGCCGACCAUGGACAUGGUAUGGGUAGAGAACAAGAACAAAAGCGCACUCAAGCUGGAGAAGCUCGACUUGGAUUUGAAAAAUUACAAGAGCAACUCGAUCAAGGAGAGCAUUCGCAGAGGCAACGACGACCUCGGCGACCAUCACCUCGACUGUGGCGAUUUAUCGAAUGCCUUGAAGUGCUAUUCAAGAGCUAGAGACUAUUGUACUAGUGGAAAGCAUGUAGUUAACAUGUGUCUUAAUGUAAUUAAGGUGAGUGUGUAUCUCCAGAACUGGUCUCAUGUUCUUAGCUACGUCAACAAAGCGGAAUCAACACCUGACUUCUCAGAAAAUAAGGAGACAAACCAAACUAUUCGAACGAAACUGAAGUGUGCAGCUGGACUAGCAGAGCUGGCAACGAAAAAAUACAAAACAGCCGCUAAGCACUUUCUUCAGGCGAAUUUCGACUCCUGCGAUUACCCCGAAUUAAUAUCACCUAACAAUAUAGCUAUGUAUGGAGGACUUUGCGCGCUAGCAACUUUCGAUAGAUCCGAAUUACAAAAAAAUGUCAUAUUUAGCAGUUCAUUCAAAUUAUUCUUAGAAUUGGAACCUCAGUUGAGAGAUAUCAUUUUCAAAUUCUACGAAUCAAAAUAUGCCUCCUGUCUGAAGCUCUUGGAUGAAAUAAAGGACAACUUGUUCCUCGAUAUGUACAUUGCACCUCAUGUAAAUACGCUGUACACACAGAUAAGGAAUCGAGCAUUGAUACAGUAUUUUAGUCCGUACCUGUCAGCUGACAUGCGAAAAAUGGCAGAAGCUCUAAACACAUCCGUUUCUGCGCUUGAAGAUGAACUCAUGCAACUCAUUCUGGAUGGGCAAAUACAAGCAAGAAUUGACUCCCACAAUAAGAUAUUGUACGCAAAGGAUGUCGAUCAACGCAGCACAACAUUCGAAAAAUCGAUAACAGUAGGGAAAGAAUAUCAACGAAGAACCCGUAUGCUUAUCCUACGAGCGGCUAUGUUGAAAAACCAAAUCCAUGUAAAAAGUCCGAAACGAGAGACAGGUCAAGGAGGGGGGGAACUGUCAGUGGCUCCUGGUAACAGUACCAUCUCUCCAGCAUCAUUGAGGCUCUAAACCCUCAAUCUCGCUUGUGAGCCACCUGGCAACAUUCUUCAUCAUUUAUGACCCUUUAAUAUGAUUUCAUGAAUGACAGAAUAACUUAUAUUUGUACACUACUCUCCUAACUUUCAAUUUCUUCUCAAUUUAAUCUUCCUUGAAAUGAUCAAGCGAUGAAGUAUUUUGUUUGAUGAAAUUGUUUUCACACUCUGUGAGAGUGAUCUUAAUAUUGUCAUAGCCUGUUUGCAGUUAGAUAACCUUCGAACUAGCUAUCUUUAAACAUUAUUUCCUCUGAUGAUGUGUAUUACGAAUAAAGUUUAAUGUGUUUAAUAUUCUCUCCCUGUAACUCGUAUAUAUUUUUAUAUAUGUAUUAUGAAAUUGUGAACUCUUUCUUUUUUUGAAAUUCAUUUAUAAAAAACGUUAUAAUGACAAAUAUGAGCUGUGUAAUUCAUUUAAUAGUGUAAAUGUAGUGUGGAUGUUUCUAAAAUAAUAUUAUUACAAAUUAUAUCGAGGGAGAAUAAUUAUUCAAUUCCGAUAGUCACAUUAAUUUAAACAUCAGUAAUUCAGUUAUAGAGAAUUUAUUAUCGCAUAAAUACAUGUCAUCAACUUAUAAAAUAUUCUGGAAAAA